GUCAUUAUUCUAAUCUCAAGUGGUGAAAAACCAAAUGUCAUUUUCCUUAGAACAUAGCACAAAAGUCUCUCUCUCUCUCUCUCUCCAGAAUCUCAGGUUACUAAGCUUUGAGUUCUUGCUAUUUCCUUUGCUGAAGAAUGUCAAGUGGAGCAACACAUUGGUGUUAUGAAUGUAGUCGGCCAAUUGUGCUUGAAGGGAGAAACAUUGUCUGCCCUUACUGUGAUGACGGAUUUGUACAAGAACUUGACGAGAUGCGAGGCGUUACACCCCAAAAUACCCUUCCGUCACGCUCUGGCGAGUUUCAACAAAUGCCUGACUUAUUCGAUGCUAUUCAUGCUUUUAUGGGGAACAGAGGUUCCGAAAACAGGUUUGGGCUUAUGGACGCUGUUGAUAAUUUCAUGAGGCAUAGGAUGGCUGGAAUGCACCCGAACUUUGAUGUUAGAGGGAGGUCUGGUUCGUCUGUCCCGGUUCCUGAACAGAGUUGGGGCGUCUAUAGUUCUGGUCCGUUUUUAGUAUUUCACGGUCAAGUUCCUGGAUUAAACUUGCCUAAUGGAAGCUCGAGAGGAGGUCCGAGGCGUGGUGAUUUUGGCGACUACUUUAUGGGUUCUGGUUUGGAAGAACUUAUUGAACAACUCACCAUGAAUGAUCGUCGUGGUCCACCCCCAGCUGCACGAUCUUCAAUUGAUGCAAUGCCGACGAUUAGGAUCACACAGGCGCAUCUUCGCUCAGAUUCACAUUGUCCGGUCUGUAAAGAAAAAUUCGAACUUGGUUCUGAAGCAAGAGAGAUGCCAUGCGACCAUAUUUACCAUUCUGACUGUAUUAUUCCUUGGCUGGUUCAACAUAACUCGUGUCCUGUUUGCCGUGUCGAGCUGCCACCUCAAGGACAAGUUAGUUCUCGUGGUGGUGGUAGUAGUCGAGGUUGGGGAGGAAGGAAUGGUGGCAACAGUGGUGGAAAUGGUAGCUCAAAUAGCAGGGAGAGUGACCGUCAGAGCAAUGGAAGGCGAAAUCCGUUUUCGUUUCUGUGGCCAUUCCGUUCUUCUUCUUCUAGUUCAAACAACAAUCAAUAUUCUGAGGGAAGCACUUCUUCAACCAAUGCUGAGCAGAAUAAUGGAACUAGUUACCAUGGAUGGCACGAUAACUAAAAAAGCCGCAUUUUCUCCCGGGGAUUAAGUAUCACUUCGAAUAAUGCUUGUAAUUUGAAAUCAGAUGGUAAGAAUAUAUUAAUAUUGUAAUUUCAACUUUUUCUCAUGUAAUGGAGAUAGUAGAUAGAAGUAUGUUAAAAAUCUUUGUACAUGUUAUUAUUAUUCAGUAAGUUGAAUCUCUU